CGCAGCAUCAGUGGACAAAACAGUGCCAUACCUUGUACGGAUAACACUUGUAUAGCUACUUGUUUCAGUGAACACAUCAAAAAAUGACUGGAUUUCUUCAGCUGUUGUUAUUUGUCAGCACGACCCUUGCCUCAGAGUCAUCGUGUCCAGUAUGCUCCAAAUACGACUACGAGGAAAAUUUGCUUGAGAGAAUGAUUCGCAUGGAGUUCGAUUUUAGAAAAGUGUUAACGGAAAACAAAGUUGUAAGCGAAACUGUUGAGCACGACCUAACAAAGAUCAAGAAAGAAAACAAACGCUUGUACGGCGAAGUUGAUGCCUUAAAGGCCGAACAUGAGCAAGCAGAGCGUAGACUGGUUUUGCUCAUGGAAGAUGUUGUGAGAAACCAAAACAUCACACUCGAGCAAGCAGAGCGUAGACUGGUUUCGCUCAUGGAAGAUGUUUCGACCAAUUCCAACAAUACCUUGGAACGAAUAACUGCCGCCUUCGACAAUAUAACAGAGCAAGCAGAGCGUAGACUGGUUUCGCUCAUGGAAGAUGUUUCGACCAAUUCCAACAAUACCUUGGAACUAAUAAGUGCCGCCUUCGACAAUAUAACAGACCAAAUUGCUACUCGUUCGGUGUACUUCCACGCCCACUCUCCACAGACUAGCACUCUGUCCACAGGUGAGGUGAUAGUGUACGAGAGAGUUAAGACCAACCAGGGCAACGGCUACAACGCCACAACAGGCACGUUCACCGCUCCAGCACAGGGACUCUACUUGUUCAUCAUGCAAAAAUGUUCGCCUCCUAAUAAAUAUAGUUAUCUCCAGAUAAUGAAGGAAGGUUCAGGCCUGCUAACAAGUGCACAUUAUGACGAAGACAAUCAUUCCUGUUCUAGUAGUCAGGCGUUUGUUCAGCUGGAUUUCGGAGAAACGGUCUGGAUACAAUGCUCCAGAGGGGGCCCAAACGCACAACUGUACGAGGAUUCUAAUCAUUGGAACAGUUUUGGUGGUGCUCUCUUUCACAUCUAACGUGCUUAGGUAAUUGACCCUAGACAACCAAAAGACAGAACAGAUACAAACAAAAAGGAAGUAAAUUUCGUAGUGAUUAAUUAUUUAUUUUAAAAGAUAAAAAUAUUAACACUAUUUGAAUGAUUUUUUGCUACAACUUGUAUCAUUAUAUGAAUAUUGUUAGAUAUCGUCUGUGUAAUUCGCCAACAUGCUACGCAAGUAUAUGUUCUAUUAAAACUGAGAACACAUAUAUUAACAUAAAAUAUUUGUUUGUGUUAUAACUACGGACGCUGUAUACUCGUGAUGUAUUAUUCGCCGACUCAAAUUUCCCUUUGUUUCUUGCAUGGUCAGUGACGCAUGAACCGUUUUCCUCCACUCCGUUGUUUUAUAACCAGUGUCAGGAGUAUGGUGAAUUUGUGAAUACAUUUCAAUUAUAUUUAUACUUAUCAAGCAGCGUUAAAUAUAUAAGAGAUGACGUCAGAAGUGCGUGUAUCGUUUUUAUUAAAUCCGUUGUUGCAAUACCUUUUUAAGGGUAAAACUACUUAAUAAGCACAGUAAUAAAUCAGUGUUGAAUAUGAAAGUCGUAAAGUACCUUUAGGUUUUAAACUUCAAAAUGUGUAUCUUUACGUAUUAACAGAAAUGAAUAACAAUUUCUCCAGAUAUUAGCUAAAUAAUUCAUAACAUCGCUACGAAUUGUCAAGGCAAAUAGAUAUUUGGUAUUGAUAUGCAUAGUUAUAAACAGUGUU